UUUCUAGAUCGCGGAUGUGUGCGCGAUCUCGCGGUUCCAAUUGGAAAUUUUCUAAUUUCUUUUGCAACAUAUAUACGUCGAUAAAUACAUACGUACAUAUAUAUCCACUGCACGGCGACACAGUGAGAAAGUGACAAAGCGGCGGUGGCAAGAAAGGAGAAGAAAGCAACUGCAUAUGCGAUUUUCUAUUAUUUAUUGUUGCUCGUUCUUCGUGCGUUCUCUUCUAGUGUGUGCGUGUGUGUUGGUGUGCGUGGGCGCGAGCGAAUAAAUAUUAAAGCGGAAUGAACGAUCAGCAGCAACACUACUACCACCAGAGCGGCUGGAAGACGUCCGCAGCGGCGGUCAACAGCCAUGGGAAUUCGUUAUCAGACAGCCGGGAUUACGAUACGAACUCGUCCCGCACCUCGCUCUCCGGCUCCCCGCCCGCCGGUGCCGCCUCCUCCUCGUCGUCGGGCGCGUCAUCCGUUUCCCUGGACUUCGAGGGCGGCUUCGGUAUCGGUAGGCCGCUGGCGCAGCUGCUCACACCUAAGCUGGAAUCGGACAACGCCAUCAAUCACGGCGACAGCUAUAGCCUGUACGGCAACUCCACCAGCGGGGCGGAGCAACAGGUGCUGAAUCUGGAGCUAGCGACCACAUACAAUGCCCUGUUCACGCAAGAUGCUGGAUCAACACCUGCUCACACACAUCCACCAACAGUAACGACGGCUGUGGAGGCGACGGCAGAUGACAUUUUCAUCCUGCCGCCCCCCAAUCCGACGCCUCUGCCCAUCACUGUCAUACCCAUUACAUACCAUCAUCACACCGCCAGCAGCGCUGCCGAAUCCCUCAUCAGCACCAGCAUCGGCGAGGUGCCGCUUAUAGCCACCUUGAGUGAGGCCAGUGGCGGCUCUGGCUCCGCCGACGGCCAGGUGUACAAUCUGGAUGAUAUCUGCUUCACGCUGGAGUACCAGUUUGAGAACCAGAAGCUUGUCCAGGUGCAGCCGCCCACCGUGGUGUCGCUCAGCAUGAUGAGCACCAGUGCGGAGGGGGAAGCACCUUUGGAGACAAUUAACACCGUCCCCGUCUCCGCCACUAACUGUGAUAAUGGUCAGGCCAACUCGGUGGUCACCUCUCCGGCGUAUUUCACUAUCGAGACGAGCUAUGUGGAUGAGUACGAUCCGAAUGAGCUGGACGAGGACGAGCAGCUGACCCACUGCAUUCAACCGGGCGUUCUCCAUCGAGAUGUUGACGAGCACGAGGAGGAUGAGGAGGAGGAGGCCGGCGGGCAGGACGAGAACGAUCAGUUAAUGGCGAUGGCCUACGAGAGUUCGGACGAGGCUCUCAGUCGCUACAGAUGCAACUACGAGAACUGUUAUCGGAGCUAUAGCACAAUCGGAAAUCUGCGAACGCAUUUAAAAACCCAUACGGGCGACUACAGCUUCAAAUGCCCGGAAGACGGCUGCAACAAGGCCUUCCUCACAUCUUACAGCCUGAAGAUCCACGUCCGCGUCCACACGAAGGUGAAGCCGUACGAAUGCGAAGUGACCGGCUGCGAUAAGGCCUUCAACACGCGCUACAGAUUGCACGCCCACCUGCGCCUCCACAAUGGCGAGACAUUCAACUGCGAGCUGUGCCAGAAGUGCUUCACCACGUUGAGUGAUCUGAAGAAGCAUACGCGCACCCAUACCCAGGAGCGGCCUUACAAGUGUCCGGAAGACGACUGCGGCAAGGCAUUUACUGCCUCGCAUCAUCUAAAGACGCACCGACGAACGCACACCGGGGAGAAGCCGUAUCCCUGCCAGGAGGACAGCUGCCAGAAGUCGUUCAGUACAUCGCACAGCCUCAAGUCGCACAAGAAGACGCAUCAGCGGCAGUUGCUCAACAAGGGACGCAAAAAGCGGCCACUGAAGUCGCAACAGGGCAAACAGUUGACGGAUCAGGAACAGGAAAACCACCACGAGGAGAAGGACGAGCAGUCGGAGAUGUUGGUGCUAAAUCCUGGCAGUCACUGCUCGGAGACAACGAGUACAGACAGCGGAGUGGUGCUGCACACGGUGACGCCGCAGGAUCAGCAGCUGUCCAAUGUGUUUAUCCUGCAAUCCGAUGAGCCACUGAUCCUGCCGGAGACCUCACAGGCCUACCAGCUCUCGUAUGCCGCCGAGGAGGAGAUACCCAGCCCCUGGAUCGAUGCUGGGGUCCUGGUCUCCAAGCCCAUCAUUCCCAUGGCCCCGUCAACUGAUGCCUGCGUGGCCCUGCCCACCGAAAUGCCCAGUUUCGUGGACUUAAAGCCCAGCUACGGCAAUGCAGUGAGCGGCAACAUGGGUGAUAACCAAGUGGAGACCAUGGAUGUGGACUCCGCAGCGCAGUCGCAAUCAUUGCCCACACCCACGCUGGAACUAAACCAGCAAAACAUCGAGGAGCUGCUCAAGCAGGACAGCUUCGGCAACGAAGAGGACAUGGAGACGGAGUCCCUGCUGAACGACAUCCUCAUGACCAUCGACAACAACAGUGCCCUUCUGCAGGCCACGCUCCAGCAGGCCUCCCAGGUGCCCAGUGAUGCCUCCGGAUUGGUGGAACUGGACAUCAGGGACAAUAAGCCGACGCUCAAACAGAUCACAGCAGAUGCGGGCAUCUGCAAUUGCACCAACUGCAAGUGCGAUCAGACCAAGAGCUGUAACGGCGGCGAUUGUGGUGCAGCAGCGGCGACUGGUUCCCAAAAGGGCUCCACCAAGGCAACCACCACCACCACGACAAUCCAAAAUUCCAACGGAGGCAAACGUAUUUGCGGCGGCAGCGUGGCGACGGCCACCAAAAAAGUGAGUAAACGCGAGGCGGAAAUGAACCAGAACAUCGAGGAUGUUGCUUUACUGCUGCAAAACCUGGCUUCCAUGAGCACCGGCAGCUCCUCCGGUGGCGGCGGCGGUUGCUGCGGAGGUGGUGCAGCCGCUAAGCCAGCACCUUCAACUGGCGGCUGCUGCGGCGGGACAAAAGCUCCCGAGCCCGUGAAGAGCGGUUGCGGAUGUGUCCAGACCCCAGCUCCCUCCACCGGCGGUUGCUGCGGUGGAGGUGGUGCUGUUGCCUCGCCUACUCCGCCAACGCCGUCCACAGGUGGGUGCUGCAAACCAGCACCACCUCCUCCGGCUCCCGCGGCCUCAGGUGGGGGCUGCUGCUCGGGACAGGCCAAGGCCCAGGAGCUGCCCGUCAUCGGUACGAAUGCUGCUCCCGCAGUACCCGCCGCCGCUGCUGCCGUCAAGAGCAACUCCUGUACCUGCAAGAGUCCGGCUGAGGGCGUCGCCAACGGCUGCUGCGUGGUGAUCUGCAUUAAAACGCUGCAAGCUCUCCGCAAAGUUCUGACGCGCCGGAAUCUGAACCUAAUGCUUUGUCCACAGCAGAACUAAACUAAGAACUACUGUAUGUACACUAAUCCCAAGCAAACUCCUCCAAAGACCAAGUCUAAAAUGUAGCCCGAGAAUCCUGUAAUCAUGUAAUCCAAUCAAUCAAGUAUUGUGCCUGUAAAAAGUAUUUCCCUCAUUGAGAACCAGAAAUAUAUAGAGACCAAAAUUGAGUGCAUUUAA